GAGGAAAUUAUUAUUGUUUACUUUUAUCGUAUCGACACGUUUAAAUCGUUAGUAAUUAUGUGAUUAUUGAAACAAACUUUAUAAUUAUAUAUUUCAGUUAAUAAAAUCAUGGCAGAGUUUACUCCAUUCUACGUAGAUCGUGCAAAGGGCGGCCGAGCUUCGUGUAAGGGCUGCAAAGGAAACUGUCCUAGUGGAGAAAUUCGCAUGGCGAAAAUAGUCGCUAGCCCAUACGGAGAGAAUCAACAAAUGAAAUCAUGGUACCACGUCGACUGCUUAAUGAACGUCUUGAUAAAACAGCGGCCUACCACAAAACGGAUAGAUUCCAUCGACGAUAUAGGCAAUUGGGCGGCUAUGAGCAAGGACGAUCAAGAGUUUAUUCUUAAAAAAAUAAACGAGAUGGAGAAAGUGUACGCUGAAAAAAAUAGCGGUAAAUACACGGCAAAGGUUUUAAAAAAUGAGUCUAUACCAAAACCUGUUGUUGCAAAUACAAGUUCUUCUAAAGACUUGGAAAAACAGACUGAUAUUAAGACAGAGGAUGAUAAUUUUUCGAAGUUCUCUCAGUUGUGCAAAAAAAUAGCUAGAGUUGAUGCAUACACAGAAAAAACGGCAGUUGUAAAUAAUUAUUUUAGAAAAGGUUCAGACGGGAACACAUUUAAAAGUGAUCUCGCAUUGUGGUGUAAAAUGUUAUUGCCUCAAGUCACUAAGCGGGUUUACAACUUAAAGAGUAAGCAACUUGUAAAAUUAUUUUCUAGAAUAUUCCAUACUGAUCAGGAUGAUAUGCUAACACAUUUGGAAAAUGGAGAUGUGGCAGAUACCAUCACUCAUUUUUUUUCUAAAUCUAAAAAAUUCCAACCAAGCACUGAAAGUACUUUGUCUAUGCAAGAUGUGGAAGAAUUUCUUGAAGGGCUUUCUAAAUUAACAAAAGAAGAUGAACAGAUAUAUCACUUCAAGAAAAUUGUUAACAAGUGCACUUCAGAUGACUUGAAAAUGCUUAUUCGCCUAAUUAAAGGGGAUUUGCGGAUUAAUGCAGGGCCGAAACACAUUUUGGAAGGUGUUCAUCCAGAUGCAUAUAAUGUAUUCCAAACCUCAAGAGACCUCGGAAUGGUUAUAGACAGGAUUAUGUCAGAAAGCAGUGGAAUCAAGCAUAAAGAUGUCAUUCAAAAAGGUGUCAGCGCUAAGCUCACUCUUAUGACUCCAGUAUUACCAAUGCUUGCAGAAGCUUGUAAAUCAAUAGAAAUGGCUAUGAAAAAAUGUCCUAACGGAAUGUUCUCUGAAAUUAAAUAUGACGGAGAGAGAGUGCAAGUACAUAAAAAAGACAAUGAUUUUAAGUAUUUUUCUAGAGCUUUGAAGCCAGUGAUGCCACACAAAGUUAGUCAUUUUAAAGAUUACCUUCCUCAAGCAUUUCCAAAAGGAGUAGAUUUGAUAUUAGAUGCAGAAGUAUUGAUGGUAGAUGUGAACACAGGCAAACCGCUACCGUUUGGUACAUUGGGUAUACAUAAACAAUCAGAAUUCAAAGAUGCUCAGGUGUGUUUGUUUGUAUUUGAUUGCCUUUACUACAAUGGAAAAGUUCUCAUUGAUCUACCGAUAAGGAAAAGAAGACAGAUAUUACAUGAAAAUAUGGUGGAAGUGACCAACCAUGUUAUGUUUUCAGAGCAGCAAUUAAUAGAAAAACCAGCUGACUUAGCAAAGAUGAUUGCUGAGGUGCUGCAACUUGGAUUGGAGGGUCUGGUGCUUAAGGAUCUGGAAUCAACCUAUGAACCCGGAAAGAGGCAUUGGCUUAAAGUUAAGAAGGACUACUUGUUUGGCGGGGCCAUGGCUGACACUGCUGAUCUGGUUGUACUAGGGGCUUGGUUUGGAACUGGCAAGAAAGGUGGCAUGAUGUCAGUUUUCCUUAUGGGUUGCUUGGACACCCGUCGCAACAAAUGGGUAACUGUUACAAAAGUCCACACUGGCCAUGACGACAGCACGCUAGAGAGGCUUCAGAAGGAGCUUGGACCGCUAAUGUUGAAGAUAUCUCAAGACGGUAACAAAAUACCAUCCUGGUUGGAUUGCAACAAGGGACUCAUACCGGACUUUGUGGCUAAAGACCCAAAGGAGCAGCCUGUAUGGGAAAUUACUGGUACCGAGUUUACAAAAGCAAACAUUCACACCGCCGACGGAAUAUCAGUAAGGUUUCCAAGAGUCACGAAAAUAAGGAACGACAAGGAUUGGAAAACAGCGACUAACUUAGACGAGCUUAAGAAUUUAUAUAAAACAUCAAAAGAGAAAACAGAUGUCACACUUUUAAACAAACUAGCUGCUACUGCUAACGAUUCGUAUGAACCACCAAAGAAAAAAAUCAAAGAGAGUCCUACGUCUAAACUUCCUAAAAUAGACUCGUUUUUAAAGAAAGAUAAGGUUAAGAAAAAGGAAGAUUUAAAUAUCUCUAGUUCAUCAGAUACUAUAAGUGAUACUAGUAAUACUAGUGAUAGAGAUAGUAAAGCAAUCAAAUACCAAACGCAACCAGAAAAUCCGUUGCCAGAUGUUUUUAAAAAUAAACGAUUAGGAUUUUACCCAGAUUUCAUUAGCAUAUCUGAAAAGAAGAGAACUCAUUUUGAAAGGCAUUGGAUUGCAUACGGUGGGACAGUAGUUAAAUCAAUGCGUGCAGUAGAUGUAGAUUUCGUAGUGCAUAACGAAAAUUAUAUAGAAUUCAAAAAAAUGCAAAAACUGAAGAAAAAACUGGCAUCUGGCGCAAGACACGUAACCAAGGAUUGGUUGGUAAAAUGUAUCAAUGAGGUUGCAUUAUGUGAUACGGCAAAAUAUGCUGUUGUUGUAGAGCCCUAAUGGUGUCUAUUGAUGUAGAUACAAACGGACUACGUUAAUAUCUUUUUAUUGACCGAUUAGUACAACUGUGUUGCCUGCUUUUAUAAAUCUAACUUAAAAUUUAAGAAUAAUG